UCUUGACAUGGCGACAGGGCGGGGCUUCUUAAUCCUUGCUUGAUAAGUAUAAGAGAGUGACCCCUAGAGUGAGACACUAACUCGUCCACUGGCGGCUCAUUGAAGAACUUCCCUUUAACCUGACAGCUGAUCUAGUCCUCUUGACCCCAUCAUGAAUCUGGAACCACCCAAAGGCGAGAUCAAGUCGGCCACCCGGGUCAGCGGUGGACCUGCCACUCCCCGCAAGGGACCACCCAAGUUUAAACAGCGACAGACACGUCAAUUCAAGAGCAAACCUCCCAAGAAGGGCGUCCAGGGGUUUGGUGAUGACAUACCCGGGAUGGAGGGAUUAGGCACAGACAUCACUGUGAUCUGUCCCUGGGAGGCCUUCAACCACCUGGAACUACACGAACUGGCUCAGUAUGGCAUUAUCUGAACCUGCCAUGUGAACCCCCAUUCAUCCUCUGUCUGAGAUCUUUCAAGGUUACAAAUUGUGGCUGGAGUAAAAGAAGGAAGUCAUCCUGAAACAAAGUUGUUUUUUUGGCCUGUCAUCUAUUCAUCAAUGAUGCUGACUGCCACAUUGCCAGGUUCCAAUAUAACCUGGUGCACACUUUAAGCGCUUGAUAGCGAUUCUUUUGACAGAUAUUAUUAUAUUAUUAUUAUAGUAUUGUUGCAUUUUGUACCAGUAAUUUCAACAUAUUGCAGUGAGUCAACACAUUCCUAUAACAGUUGUCUUAUCCCCAACUUUGGAAGUCAGUUUCUUAAUGUCAUUUUGAGCAUUUUUAAUUUUCAAGGUAUGCCUGUUUUAAGUGAUGUUUUAUAAUAGACUACAAUAGACAGAACCAUAGCAGUUCUGUUCACCAGAUUGUUUUUUAAAUGAUCAUUCAUGAUUAUCUUCUUUAGUUAGACUCAUCAUGUUCUAUCAAGAUGGUAAGAAAUAAAGUAAAUUGACAAGAAA